CAAGUGGGUAGGAGCUCUUGAUCGGCCAACUUCGGAAAGACUCGGUAUUUGCUGCUACGGCUAGUGAAAUCAGCAAGUAGCAUUCCUGUCGUUAGAUUCUUGUAUAUUCCCGCUUUAUACUAUUUGUUUAUACUCUUAUAGCCAACUAACUUUGGAUAAUUAUGUGUUUUGGCUGUUGGAGUUCAGAGAUUGAUGUAAUUUAUUACAACUAGAGGAUUUUAAGUAAAAUAAAUAAAGGACUGUUGCAGAUCCCGGACAUGGACCCGGAGAUCCUGUCGCGCCUCAUCCCCCAGGCCAAGGAGACCCUGCGAGCAGCCUGCAAGAAGUGCGGCUACGCGGGCCACCUGACCUUCCAGUGCCGCAACUUCAUCAAGGUGGACCCCAACAAGGAGAUAGUGCUGGACGUGAGCAGCACGAGCAGUGACAGUGACGAUUACGUCACGCCUCUGACCGCGCUGCGCGAGGAGGAGCUGGCCGCUCGGAGCAGCGACGCCAAGAAGAAGAAGAAGAAGAAGAGUAAGCACAAGCACCGCUCCAGUUCGCGGUCGCGCAGCCCCGAUGGGGAGGGGGAGGGAGAGGAGGUGCAACGCGACAAGAAACACAAGAAGAAGAAGAAACAUGGCCACCACAAGCACAAGAAAAGGAAGCGCUCUCAGUCACCGACGAAAUCUGACUGAGCGGCUUGUGAUGCCAGGUUCAUGUUCCGGCAAAUUGUGAAGUCUCAAAUCUCACCUGACUUUCAUACCUGUGCAGAUGCAACUACAGUUUUGUAAUAUAUACAUUUUAAAAAUUAAAUAUUUUACAUACCUAA